AUGCCAAGGAAAAUUGUCAGGUUUGAUCGUCGGACAGGUUCCAUCUUCAAGAAGUCUGAGUAUGGGGAAAUACGGCAGCGCUCGCAGACAGAUGCACGGGAUGGGCAAGAGGUCCAUGUAAACCCUCUAAACCUUUCUGAGAAAGUGCGGAGGUCGAAGCUCUCUCUGGAAGCGGCAGUAGGCAACGUCCAGCCGUAG